AUGUCAAUGUCGAUGAUAGCAGACUACAACGAGACUUUGCGCAAGGUGUCAAACAGCCUCCAAAACGCUUUAGAGACUUUCGGGCCGUCCUCGCACCAGUACCGGGCCAUUCUCGGAAUAUUAAAAGAAUGCCUACAGGAUAUUGAGGAUGAGAAAGCGCGCACGCAAACACAGGUGGUUGACUCUGACAUGUUAAGUGCCGCUAUGGAAUUCUUGAAGAUUGGAAAAUAG